AUGGAAAAAAAAGACCCAGACGAGUCCAGCAAUGGAACUUUCGAAAAAGCAUUUAUGGCAUAUGUUGCUUCCCUACCCGAGAAAAAAAAUACUCGAAAAUUGAUACUCGAUGGUUGGAAUGCAUGCGGCCAGGCCAAUCCCGAAUGGAUCAAGUCAUUUGUGGAAGAAUCAGAGGCAAGAGUAUCUCAAAAGAUCUCGAUGCGUGUCUUCAAUCACAUAGUCAAACCGGUUAUAACUGCUGUGAGGGAGUACUAUGAAAUUAUAGAUACGAUGUGUCAAGCCAACCCUUUCCCUGCUGCGAUUAUUUGGGGAGCUUUGAGGAUUGUUUUCGAUUGCGCAGACCGCUUCGCAAGUCUCUUCGAAACAAUCAAGCAGCAGCUUCAAGACCUGACUUUCCAUAUCGAGCGUAUCAACUAUUUCGACAAAUUGUAUAAAGAUCCAUCCAUGCAGACACUGCUCUGCCGAUCUUAUAUUACUGUCUUGCGUUUCUGGGCCCGGGUUCGUAAAGAAUGCGAGCGAAAUACAUUUAAUAUGUUUUUGAAGUCGGCUGCACCGUUUAGCACCAAGAAGAUGGAUUCUAUCAUCCUAGAUUUAAAAAGGGACGCCGAGGAGAUCAAAGACCGCGCAGAUAUGCUGGAGAAAGUCCAUCUGUUUGAUCGCGUGAAAGAAUGGUUGAGCGUCAGAGGCACUUUCCAAGAUAUCUUAGAGGCGAAUCACCGUCGCCACGACAGUAACAGAGCGAAUCACAUACCAGGAACUUCCGAAUGGAUUUUCCAAACAACCGAAUUCCAGGAAUGGACCGCGGAAACAUCUAAAUUCCCAAUCCUCUGGAUGAGUGGAGAUCCUGGGGCGGGUAAAUCGAUGCUUUGCUCACGGGCGAUUCAAUACGUCCAAGACACUGAUCCUUCAGCUGCAACAGCAUUUCAUUUUUUCCGGUUUGACCAGGAGAACUCUGCCAUUGACUUGCUUCGAGUAAUGGCUGGCCAGGUACUUGAAAACGUCAGACAAUCUACGAAGGACGUACCAGACUCUGUGCUCCGUGCAACGGAAGCCCUAAAUGCAUCAGUUAGGAAUGUUAUGAGCAUGAUGAGUGCCAUUACAUCUUGUUCGGUUCUCCCACGAACUUAUCUAUUCAUCGAUGGCCUAGAUGAAGAGCUGGCGGAGCAGAGGUGGUCUAUAGCCCAAGAAACCUUGCAAUCGUUGAUUUCAUUAGUUACAUACAACCCAAAGAAAUCGGUGAGGCUUUGGUUAUCCAGCCAAGCGCACAAUGCAAUCAUGAAAAAAAUGGACCCUUAUCCAAGAAUACAUCUUACAAACCAGAAUGAAGCCGAUAUUCGACUCCUCUUCGAGAAAGGAAUACAAGAAUUGGACGAUAUCGACACCACAUCCGAAGAAAAGGAGCUCUGGUUUAAGCUCUUGAAGGGGAAAGCAAAAGGGAACUUUCUUUGGGCUUAUUAUAUGAUUCAUAGUCUCAGCGAGGAGGCCGAGAGUAUAGCGGAUAUGGAGUCUCUCAUCAAUGAUUCCUUACCGAAUGACAUCAACGAGUAUUACCGACGCCAAUUCAAACGUAUUCCAACUUCGUAUCGAGACUUAGCGGCCAAAAUAUUUUCCAUUGUAUGCUUCUCUCGCCGUCCAGUGUCUGUAAGCGAGCUCAGCGAUGCCAUCGGGUUGAUCAGAAACCCAAAUCCUUCUUCCAAAUCCGAUCUGGACCGGAGGAAGCCACGUUUAAAACUAAUCCAGAAUUUGCUUUCUCCCAUGAUAGUAGAAGAAACGGGGCCACAUGGCGUUGAGAAGCGUUGUCGACUGUUCCACUUAACGGUAAAGGAGUUUGUAAAAAAGAACCCUCGCAUCCUGGGUGAAGGCGAGGAAGACGCAGAAAACGUAUCUAUUGACCCCUCCAUAUUGGGAGAAUUAUGCCUUCAGUACCUGUCUCAGCCUCGAUAUAGCAACCUUCUGGAGAAAGUGGGUGGUGAAUGGAAGACAGCAGACGGCGAGUCCCCAGAGAAAGACGUAUUUCUGCGGUAUACAGCUAAAUAUUGGUACUACCACCUUGACGAGGUUUCUCCAUCAAAAGAUCUUACAGAGAAGAUCUCAACCUUUCUAAAAUCUCCCAAUUUCCAGACAUUGCUCCAGCUACAAUACCUCUACGUUGACAGUCAGUUUGGCGUUUUUACCCUUAGGGGAAAACCGGAUCGCUUCAGGUUUCUCAAGAGGGCUUUUCCAAACUGGUUCAUCAAAUCAACGUCACGAAAACCGAAUUUACAUUUCUCUCAGGAUUACCGGGUUUUUCUACAUGAGUGGGCCUACUUAUUAGGUUGUGGAUGCUGCAAAAGCCAGUCAUGUAUACUCUCUCGAUAUGCCGGUCAAAUUGACCGAUGUCUCUUUGGAGCGCUAGGAGCCGACAACUUCAUGUCGCACAUGCGGAGCAGGUAUUCUAGUUUUGCUUUGAGCACAGGCGAUCAGGAUGGCAUACGGACAACCACGCAUUGUUAUGAAGGAUACUCUGCCUGUGGCAAGGCUGUUUAUCUGGUUCAGUUUGUAUCUCGAAAUGCACAGACUCUUCAUUUUGUUUGUGAAACCUGGCGGCUUGAUGAAUUUGGGAAGCCACGAUUACAACGAAGACAAAAGCUCGAGGUGGACGAAGAAAGUGCAAAUUCUAAACUGUACUUUGACAAUGACGAUGCAAAUCUCAAUGUGAGACUAGUAAGAGCGAAGCCUAUUGCAUUCGACUACGAUGCCCGUAGCCUCCGCAUCGGCUCUCAGCUUCAUAUGAGGGAUGAAUUUGGGGGGUUCCACAAGUUAAAUGUUGAUGAGAACCCAAAGGACCGAUUUCCGCCCUACUUUGAGGAAUUCCUAACACAAGGAAAACAUGUCAUAGUAACAAGCCGGCGGAGCGCGCCGGUUCCUGGUGAGGGGAUGUUAGAUGCUAAUGAUCCAGUGCAAGACGUGAAUAAACUUUUCGAUGAGAGUUGGGAAAAUAAAAAAGAAAACGACUUUGAAGACUCCGACCUACCAUAUAUCGAUGACUCUUCCUCAGAAUCUAGUGCAAGUGAGGAAUCUGCAUCAUCAUCAUCGGCCGCAACUGGGGUUGAUUGGAGUUCUGGCGACGAGACCUGGAGCGAGGCUUCAACAGAGGUUGACGAGGCUAUCAACGACGAAAAUGCAAUCGUUAUUUUCAGAGGCUAUAUAGACAGCUCUGGAACUGAAUCUACCGAAUAUUCUCCCAGCGAACCAGAGUCGGAGGAAGAAGACCCCGAAACUGGUGGUUUGGGGAUGACACCUGGCUCGCGCUUCCUUCGCGGCUUUAUGGAUGAUGAGUCUGACGGUGAUGACGCUUAUAUCCUCUUUGAUGAAUCAGAUGAAUAUGAUUCAGAUGCUGGUGGUGAAUUACAUCUCCGUUCUCGAUACGGAAAGGCUCGUCUUCGCAAAGGGAACAAAAAAGGAGGCCUGGAGGCAUCACUUCGGGUGUUUAGUAUUUCUGAAACGGGACUGAAAUGCAUAUUUCGGCUCUCGCGAGAGUUAGAUUUAAUGCUGUAUGACUCUCCUCCUGCUUUGCAUCCCUUUGAGCCCUUCGUUAUCUGGCCCAUGAGUCCGGGAAAUGUUCUAUUUGCGGAUUUCAGCCAGAAGACAUGGUUCAAGCGGAAGCUCAGACCUACCACCACAUACACCCGUCAAGUGUUUACAAAGUGUCAUUUCUCCAAAUGCGGUAAAUACCUCCAUAUCGCGAUUCUCGAAGCCCGACAAAAGCCGUCCAAGAAGUCAACCAAAACACCGAAGACAAAGAGGAAAGAUUCAUCAACGUCAUCCAAAUCGGAAAGCUCGCCGCCUCCCCUCGAACUCGCUUUGUUCGUCACAACUCACCGACUGUCCUCCCGCAAGACCACCCGCGCUCCACCCACGCAGAUCCACAGAACAAAGAUCGACCUCGGAAGUUUCGAAUCCCUACCCGUCUCACGGCUCCCUUUCAGCCUCACCUGGACCCCGUCAGAGCUUUAUUUCACCCAGAGCAGCACUGAGCUAACCGUUUUCAGAAUCAAGCUAUUUGCACCGGGUCCCGGAGAGGAACCUGUUCUGGUGCCUCGGGAGAAAAUAUUUCUGCCGAAAACUGCGGAAAUCAGAGAGGUUCGUUUUUUCCGCUCUGAGCCCGAGUCUGCUAGUAGCGACGGACAUGGUGCAAUGAGGGUGCUGAUGGGUUCGGAAACGAGAUGUUCGCGUGUGUUGCUUGGGGAGCCUUCUCCCCAUGGGAAUGAAGGCGGCUUUCAGAGUACAGGAGCGGCUUGGGUUCCCCAUUCUGAGGCUCUGAAAGGGGUCGAGGGGCGUGUGUCCCUACCCGCGGGCUUUUGUUUAGCUAGUGAUGAAGAUUUUGGUGGAUGGGUGAGGUCGGAUGAUAUCGCGGAUGUACCGCCGGAUAGGGGAAUUGGUCAAUUAGAUCUGAAGGUUGAGCGGUUUGAUGUUGAGGAAGAUUGUGAUGUGGAGCCGUAUAUUAUUUAA